UUCUUAUAGCAAAUGGAGUGGAAAGCAUAGGGAAGGAUGUGUUUGUAAUUGUCUUUUUGGCAAAACCAAGGUUGGACUGUUUCUAUCUAAAACAAUAGCUAGUGCCACAUUUCAUCUAUAAAAUGGGCUGAAAUCUCAUCUGCCACUAGUUAGUUGUUGAAGACCACACUUGAGAUAACUUCUCUCAACUUCUGCUUUUCUUAGCUUCUUUGUGCGAGCUCCAUUUUGAGCAAUGGCUAGAAAAUUAAGCAUCAUUAUACUCUGCCUUGUUCAAAUGCUGCUUCUUCUCGUUGAAAACCAUGCUGAGAUUGUUGUGUCCACCGUUGAGGCUCCAGCUCCGCAGCCUAGCAAAAACGCCACUCAUUUUCCCAGUCGUGGCAUCACCGAAGGCAGUCUUCAACCACAAGAAUGCGGGCCACGUUGCACAACUAGAUGCUCAAAGACACAGUACAAGAAACCAUGCUUGUUCUUCUGCAAAAAGUGUUGUGCCAAGUGCUUAUGUGUGCCUCCCGGUACUUAUGGUAACAAGCAAGUUUGCCCUUGCUACAACAAUUGGAAGACCAAAAGGGGAGGACCCAAGUGCCCCUGAAAACUUCUAACUUUACCUAUUAAGUCUUUUUUUUUUUUUUUU